GAGGAGGGGGAGGGAGGUGCGGAAGCGCGCUGCGCUGAGGGCAGCGGGGCCGGGCGGGCUGCGGCGCGAUGCGGGGCGGCCGCCGCCUCCUCCCGCUGCUGCUCCUGGCGCUGCUGCGCGGGCCGUGCCGCGGCAGGGAGCCGGCGCCGGGCGCUGUUACCUGCGGCUCGGUGCUGAAGCUGCUCAACACCCGGCACAACGUGCGGCUGCACUCGCACGAGGUCAAGUACGGCUCCGGAAGUGGGCAACAGUCAGUGACAGGAGUUGAAGCUUCAGAUGAUGCUAACAGUUACUGGCGGAUUCGUGGGAAGACUGAUGGCAGUUGCCAACGUGGAACACCAGUGAAAUGUGGGCAAGCAAUACGACUUACCCAUGUGAACACAGGAAAAAAUUUACACACUCAUCACUUCCCAUCACCUCUCUCCAACAACCAGGAAGUAAGUGCCUUUGGUGAUGAUGGUGAAGGCGAUGACCUCGAUAUAUGGAUUGUGCAAUGCAGUGGGACACACUGGGAGCGGGAGGAUGCAGUGCGCUUCAAGCACGUAGGAACUGAGGUGUUCCUUUCAAUAACGGGGGAGCAAUAUGGCCAUCCAAUUAGAGGCCAACGGGAAGUUCAUGGCAUGCCCACCGCUAAUCAUCACAACUAUUGGAAAGCGAUGGAAGGAGUCUUCAUCAAACCCAGUAUGGACCCUGCAAAACAUGAUGAGCUCUGAAUUGACAGAGGAUCAAAAUGCUUCAGCUUACUCCAGUGUUCGGAGAUGCUAACCCUUGGUCUCUUAAGUCCUGCCUUGCCUAAGUGACUGACUUUCUGUGUUACUGAAGGGCAUUAGUUCACUCUAGGAAUGCAGCACCUCUGUGGGGAAUGACAUCUGCCAGGUCCAGACACUGAGAUUUAUUUAAGAAACCCUUUCUAAAUUUUCAAGCUUAUUUGGUGAAACAAGUUCAUACAUCUGUUAAUUUUCACUAUCAUUUGUUUUGCUUGUUAAUGUUCUCAAAUCCAAAGGAAAUGG